UAAAAUUGGCUCGCUGGGGUGCUGCGGGAGCCUGAAAAACUCAUCUAUUUGUGGACCAAACCAGGCAGGGCUCGGUGGGGGAGACGGGAGGCUCCGAGAUCAGAUGAAACAGGAGCCACAAGAGAGGAGGAGAUGUCAGACCUCGCCGGGUAAAGGAAUAAAACCCAGAAAACUAUGAUAAUAGGUUUAUAGAGGAGAGGAACCGGAUACUUGGAACGAAGAGAAGACGAGGGUGGGGGGUGACUUUGUUCAAAAACUGGAUAGAAAAUUGAUGGAUGUUUGGGAGGUAGAGAAAGUGAUUGACGAAAAAAGAGAGAAAGGAGAAAGUGACUGAGGAAAAAAAGAGGAGAAAAAGAAAGGGAAGGAGCAGCGGAGCGGACGCUACAUCAUGAGUCCUUCCCAUUGAGCCGAGCUCCCGUUGGACCCGCAUUCUCCGCGCGAGCGUCCGGCUGAGGUCCGUCACCAUGCUGAGGUUGCUGGUCCUGGCCGCUCUCUGCCUGCCCGGCGUCCUUCCGGAGCAAAGCCGCAUUCUGGAGCAGAGGAAACCGUUUUUCGAGAGGUUCCGCAGGCUGGAGGAACAGUUUCGUCGUUUCCAGGAGGUGAUGCUGACCCGGCUUCAAGGAAUUGCGGAGAAUUACAAUAUCUCCUACAAUAUCGACCGGCGCUUUGAGCACAUCCUCGACCAGCAAAGGUCCUUAACAGAGGCUUUCAACGCCUCCAGCGACGUUACCCAGGGAGAGAUGAACGCCAUCAAGAUUUGGCUGAAAAAAAUGCAGAAGAAGACAAAAAAGCUGGACCUGAAGAUGUCUUCGCUGGAGGAAUCCAUGACAGAGAGGAAUAAGCAGAUGACCAGGGACAGCAAAGCCCGGGACGCCGUCAUAUCUAACUUGACGUUGGCUAUCAACAGUCAAAAACUGCGGCUCGAUAAGCUGGUGAAGGACAAGUCUGUCUUGCAUAAAGGAAUGGAGAUGUUUCGGGAAGUGGUGAAGAGACAGGGCGGUAAAAUAGCUGCUUUGGAGGAGCAGGUCCGAGGACUUUCACAGAAUGACAUUUUGCCACCAAGUCCAUUGAUGGCGGCUCAAGAGCUAAAUCGCACUCCGCAAACGAAGCAGUCGGCGCCCCCGGGAUUUGCGCCUGGGACUGUAACUGUCGAGCAACGCAUGGUGAAGCUUCAGACCAAACAUGAUCAGAGGAAGAAGUUCCAUGAAGAGCAACAACUCCUUAUCCCAAAAAGCAUCCAGGACAAGAUGGCAGCCCAGCAUGGAAACGGGACCAAGAUUGUAGUCUCACCGAAGGACAAACCACCUGGCAGACCACCGCUGGGAGUCGCAGAGGACAAUACUCUAGGAAGAGAUGCUACAAAGUUACCACCAAGAAGUGCGGAGGAGAAGAUAUCGCAUAUUCGCACUACCUUCCAGCCACCAGGAGAGAGGAAGAUGCCGGAUAUUCUCACAACAGCUCAACCACCAAGAGUUACAGAGAAGAAAUCAUCUUCCGUUCACUCUAUGAGUCCACCGCCAAGAGUUACAGACCAGAAGACCUUUGCUGUUGGCAGUACCAGGUUCCCGCCGAGGAUUAUGGAGGAGAAGGCAACUGCUAUCGGCACCACCAAGCCACAGCCAAGAAUUAUGGAGGAGAAAGCUCCAGGCGUUCGCUCUACAACAGCAUCGGCAAAAGUCCCAAUGCCCACAGAGCCAAGAACCACCAAAGUACCCGGCACAAUUUGUAACGUGGACUCCAUGCUGACUUUCCCCAGUCCCUCAACUGAAAAUUUUGCCACCUUCAAGAGCGGUCUGAGAGAAGGUCUUCACGAAUUUUCCAUCUGCAGCUGGGUAAAGACCAACGCCAGCUACGUGGGUACGAUCCUGUCAUACGCAACAGAAGACAACGACAACAAACUCGUCCUCCAUGGAAGGAACGGAGCAGCUUAUGACUCCCUCCACUUUGUCAUCGGCGACCCAGCCUUCCGAGAGCUGCCCAUCGUGCCACUUAUAGACGGAAACUGGCAUCACACCUGCUUCAUCUGGUCGUCCAUCCAGGGGAAAUAUUGGUUCUACGUGGAUCGAAGGUUGGCUUCUACAGGUUCCAGGUUUCAGAAAGGUUAUGAGAUACCUCCAGGAGGGUCUCUGGUCCUCGGUCAGGAGCAAGACACGUUAGGCGGCGGUUUUGACAGCUCGGAAGCCUUUGUCGGACACCUGGCUGGUUUUACGAUGUGGAAACGGGCGUUGACGCCCGGUGAAGUGUCCGGCAUUGCCACGGGGAGAGGUUUGCCCAGAGGUGCCAUCCUAACUCUGGCCGAUGCAUCUUCACUUCAUGGGUCAGUCCAGAGGGUGAAAUGUACCUGUCUGGAGCACUGUCUGUAGCCGGAAACCACUGGAAAAACAACAGAAGGCUUCCUCAUCUUUACCAAAACAUUUGUCUGCCGGCAGAGCAGGGGAUGCGAUAUAUUAUCAGAACCUCGUCCGACUAACUGUAUCCCUACAAAAAGGGAUUUCAUCAACACGGCAACAAUGCCAUUUUAUUUUUCUUCAAAGAAAAAUGUGUUUUUAACCUUUGCAAGUCAAGACAGCAGUGAACUCAAGUGGUAGAAGAAUUGUAUGAGUGAACACUUACGGACAUUUAUCCAUAGGAUGAAGGCCUUGCGCCUGGAUGUCAUGCCGUGUCUCCAAAAUCAGCAGUGCGGGGUCUGUGAUUUAGGCGGCUGGGGUAGCGUGAUGAGCUCUUGCUUUGUUUAUUUUUGGACAGAUAAUGAUAAUUCCCUGAGCCAGAUUACUCAAUAAAAUUAAGUAUAUGCGACUUGAUUUAUAUAGGGGAGCCGGGGUGAGUGGGGCUGUGUCCUGAGACUCCACCCACUCCAUACAUGCCCCACCCACAAUAGCAUGAAUAUUAAGUGGUGGGGUUGUGGCUCGCUCUUAUGAUCACUAUGUACAUUUAUUCUUUACCUCUGUUCGGCAUCGACUAUUAAUAAAGGUCGGUCUCCCCUGAGAGUGGGCGUUCAGCCGGAGGGUUCAAGGAGUGUUCUAGAAUGUUACCUGUUACUUCUAUGCGGAAUACAAUAAAUAAAUAUAUAUAUCAAUACACCUGA